GCUGAAAAUGUGAAAUGGGUCCGUCGGUCCAUUGAGAAAUAGAGAGUGGGUGAAAGCCGAAGCACAGAAUAGAAAGAGAGUGUGGUUUUAUGUGAGGAGCAGAGAAACCACUCGGCGAGCCUCCAGUCGCCUUUUCCACACCCUCCAUACGCAGUCUCAUCCUUCUCAAAUGUAGAAAGCCGUACCCUAAUUCACACGCUUCUCUCACGUUUGGAUUCUCGAGCACUGAUUUGGGAGAUGAACAAAGAACGGCCUCCGGAGCCUCUUGAUUUCUUCAUUUGGACUGUUGAGGAUGUUGGUUUGUGGUUGGAAGAAAUAAAUCUUGGUAGCUAUCGCCAAAUUUUUAAAGAAAAUGGUGUCAAUGGAGAGUAUUUGGAGGGCAUGUCCAUGUUCACAACUGAACAGAUUCUUCGGUUUAUAAGGCGAUGCCACAUGAAAUGGGGAGACUUCAUCACACUGUGCAAGGAGCUUAGGCGAAUUAAAGUGGCUUGCCUGAAAGGAGAGCAAAAAGUCCGUCGGCCAUGGUGGGCUCCUUCUUGCCUCUCGGCAGUGUUUGUCAAGGCAGCAAAGCGCAACAGACAGUCUCGAGUUGUUUCCUUGAAGCUGGAACCUUGAUGCAACAUUUGCCUAUAUGUAUGUAUUUUAAUUUUCCUUUCUGUGAAAAAAAAGGGGAAGUAAAAAAGAACUCUUUUGCAGAUCUUAAAAGCUGGCAGCCUGUCUGUGUUGGUUCUCCUCUAGAGAACUUUAUUCUGUACGCAAGCCCCGCUAUUUGUUUCUAUUGGUUUUGUUGUUGUUUAUCUUGUUCUAAAUUGAUCGCGAAGAAUACAAUGAAUGACAAAGAAAUCAUAGCAUCAGUUGUGAAGUAUUCGUCUUGGGGGCAGUUGGUUUUUGGUGUAUUGUAGAAAAUAGUUGUCAUUAGAAGUUAUGGAGGAGCUGGGAUUUUUGCUCAGCAUAUUUUUUUUUGUUUUUCCUUUUUUUCCUCAUAGACCACGAUUUGGUUUUAAAAUCACGAAAUUGCUGGAUGCCUUGCCUGUAAAUGGAUGACAUUAAUGUCGAAAAAUGACUUAUUGGUAAAA